CCUGGUCUAUUCUCCCUUGCAUAUAGGAUACUCAGAAAAUAUGACUAUAACAUGAAUUUAUUUGUCAUUUGUUAAACGUCAGAUAUUGAGAUAUUUGAGACAUCACUGUUUAAGAAUUGUCUGUGGAGCAUUUGUUUUGGUAGUGUAGUUUUUUGGUUAGCCACACUGUCAGAAGUAUAUACGUAAAAGCCGUAAAAUGAACAAACUUCUUUUUCAAUAAUAUUCAAAAUAAUUCUGGUCUAAAAACAGGUAACAUACAACAAUGCCGCUUCCAGAAUACUUAUCUGUCGUGCAAAGCAAAUUCACCUCCGGCGAAAUAGUGGUUAUCGCAGUAGAAGCAUAUUUAAUGCAAGGAUGGGUAAAAGAUGCUCGAAUUUUAGCAGUUGUGAAUAAAGGACCUACCUGUGCUCUGGUUAUUUUAUUAACUUCUAGGACGCCUCCUCAAGUUUAUAGCGAUCUUAGAACAGAGAAAGUACUUCCUAUCGACGAAGAUUUCGAAUGUGAUAUAGAUGCAAGCGGAAAACAGCAGGAUGGAGCAACCGUUUAUUUUAAUGUUUCAUCAAAACGAGUGCAACUAACGUUCGAAAUGAAACCUGGGAUCGAAACCAGUACGCUUGUUUCUGAAAUAUUUCGAGCCAUAGAAGUAUUUCAGAAGAAGCAGUAUUUGCCUGAAGAGUACACGUGGACUCAAAAGCUAACUGGCAGCACUAGGAAUUUAGAUGCAUCUGGAGACGAUGGUCUAGAUGCUGAUACCUUGUUGGAACUCAAGUGCCCAGACUUAGUAGUACCGAGGCAUAAUAUUGCUUGUGGUAAAACUCCGGUGACCAACCGAGAUUCUUUAGUUCAAAUGCAGAUGCAGCUGAAGACAAAUGACUACACAUACACGGAAGUUUUUAGGAUUUUCAUAGGCACGUGGAACGUAAAUGGCCAAGCACCAAAUGGAAUAACUGUAGAAGAAUGGUUAAGCAGCGAUCCCGUGGCGCCCGAUUUAUAUGCUAUUGGAUUUCAGGAAUUAGAUUUAAGUAAAGAAGCUUUCCUCUUCAAUGAUACGCCGCGUGAGGAAGAAUGGAGGCAAGUUGUGACUAAGUCGCUGCAUCCAAAGGCAACAUACGAGCAAGUUGCACUAGUCAGACUCGUGGGCAUGAUGUUGAUCGUUUUUGCUCAAGAUGGUCAUGUACCUUUUAUUAAAAACGUCUCCGUAGAUACAGUUGGCACGGGAAUUAUGGGGAAAAUGGGCAACAAAGGAGGCGUCGCAGUAAGCCUUUCGUUUCACAACACUUCGGUCUGUUUUGUGAAUGCUCACUUGGCUGCUCACUGCGAGGAAUACGAAAGGCGCAAUCAAGAUUAUGCUGACAUUUGUGGCCGGCUCUCUUUUGCGCGAUGUGUCGACAGCACCGCGCCGUACAUACCUAAAGGAUUUAAAGACCAUAAUCAAAUAUACUGGCUGGGUGACCUUAAUUAUCGGAUAACUGAAAUGGAUCUACCCACUGCAAAGGAUUACAUAAACUCUGGUCAGUUUUCACACGUCUUAAAACUGGACCAACUUGUACAGCAGCGCAAGCUCUGUAAAGUUCUUGUCGGAUUUCAGGAAGCAGAGAUCAAGUUCAAGCCCACAUAUAAAUACGAUCCAGGCACUGAUAACUGGGAUUCCAGUGACAAAGGAAGAGCGCCUGCUUGGUGUGAUCGUAUUUUAUGGAAAGGGGAUGUAAUUAAAUCUGUUGAAUAUCGAAGUCAUCCUGAAUUGAAAAUAUCCGAUCAUAAGCCAGUCAGCGCUAUUUUUAAUUCUCAGAUCAGUGUAAUAGAUAGAGUUAAAUAUCGAAAGAUUCAUGAGGAGGUCAUAAGGAAGUUAGAUAAGCUGGAAAAUGAAUUCUUGCCUCAAGUGAUGGUGGAUGCCACAGAAAUUAUAUUUGACCCGCUGAAAUUUCUCGAACGUAGCAACAAGGAUCUUAUUAUUGCUAACACUGGGCAGGUACCAGUUCAGUUCGAGUUUAUUAAGAAACCAAACGACAUCAGUUAUUGCAAAGACUGGUUAAACAUAAAACCUUACACUGGGUUCAUCAAACCGGGUGAAAAAUGUGACGUAAAGCUCGAAGUUCUUAUUGAUAAGAGGUCAGCAUGUAAACUGAAUUCUGGUGAAGAUCUAUAUGAUAUUCUAGUUCUACACCUUGAGGGUGGAAAGGAUAUUUUCAUUACAGUUACAGGUACUUACGAAAGGAGCUGCUUUGGUUCUUCGGUGGAGGCUUUAGUACACAUUUCUAUUCCCAUUAGAGAAGUCCCUGUUAGAAGAAUAAUUGAGUUGGAAAACAACAUAAAUCUGUCUCAAGAACCGUAUGCUGUACCGAAAGAAGUCUGGCUUUUAGUCGAUAGACUGUACCGCCAUGGGAUCAAAACAACUGGACUUUUCGAAAAGCGUGGUCUUCAUAGUGAAAUUAUAGCUAUUAGAGAUUGGUUGGACAUCGGAAGUCAAGACCCUAUGCCUGGAGAAGUGCAUUCUGUAGCAGAAGCUUUACUUCUUCUGUUGGAUUCUACUGCAGAACCAAUAAUUCCUUACAACCACCACAAUAUUUGCUUAUCCACUGCUGCCAAUUAUUGGAAAUGCAAAGAGAUCGUAAUGCAACUUCCAGAAAUAAGGAGGACAGUCUUUCUCUACAUUUGUGCAUUUCUAAAGGAACUUCUAAAUCAUACUCAAGAAAAUGGCUUGGAUCCAAAAACCUUAGCCACUCUCUUUGGAUCCAUUUUCUUACGUGAUCCUCCGAGAAGUCGAGAUGAUCGUCAGCUACUAAGAAACCGAACUACUCAAGUGAACUUUGACAGAAAGAAAGCCGCAUUCGUCUUUCACUUUCUGGGGCCGGAUCAGAGUAAUUUUCUUGGUCGAUAGUAACCAGGAGACCGUUAUAAUAUUAUACGUAAAAUUAUAAGUGCUAGAAUCCAAGAUCAACACGAAUAUUUAUCGCAUAUAAUCGAUAAGCAGUACUUAGUGCAGACGUAUGAUUUUUUCAGUGACAUCUCAAGCCAGAUUGAAUGUUUCAAGUCACUUCAAAGUAAUAUAAAAGUACAACCACGCUAGGAAUUAAGAUUGCACAUUUUACAGGAUCAAAACAUUAAUUUUUUGAGCUGAAAAAAUAUUUCGACUUGUUAUCCGCCAUUUACGAGUUUUGUGUUAAAGCUAAUAAAGAUUUGACAAAACUCGUCUUAUUAAAAACUCUAAAGUGUGAAAGAACUGCAAUUUGUAAUCGCUUCGGAAAAUUUGUAUUGAAGCAAAUACAGGGUGACCACUCAAGGCAAAGGA